GAGAUCUAUGAUGAUUUACCUCUCUCUUAUAAUAAGUCACAAGCAUCAGUUGUCAAACAAAUUGAGACUAUAACUGAUGAAGUUGUUGCAUCAUCUGAUGACAUGACUUACUUGUCAGAAAGACUGACAAGUGAAUUUUCUCAAUAUGAGAACAAAAUUUGUUCUCUUGAAAACUCAAUUUUGACUUUAACAGAUUAUUUAAAUUCUCGUGUUGAAGUCGAAAUGAAAAAGGAGCUUUUUAACAAUUAUUUAGAACUGAUUCAAAAACAGUUCUUAGAAUUUGUUGAAUCGAUUAAAAUAAAAUAG